AUUACAUCGUCCAUCGCAACACACACUCUCACGAUCCAAUGGCUCGAAAAGCCAUCGCAAAAGAUGUCAUCGUCAAGCUGAUCGUCGGCGCGGGGCAAGCCUCGCCGUCCCCGCCCGUCGGUCCAGCACUUGGUUCCAAGGGCGUCAAGUCCAUGGACUUUUGCAAGGAGUUCAACGCUCGAACGGCAAACUACAUCGUAGGCACGCCGAUUCCCGCUCGCGUCACAGUCCGUCCGGACCGCUCAUUCACGUUUGAGCUGCGCAGCCCGCCCACGGCGCAUCUGCUAAUGACAGCGGCGGGCGCGAAGGUGGUCAAGAAUAAGGUCCGCGGUGCGGGCAACACGCCCGGUCCACACAAUAACAGAGAGGGCCAGACGGGCAAAGGUCCGGUCAACAACCAGUCCGGCAACGCCGGCGUGGGACACGUAGGCACGGUUACCCUCAAGCAUGUAUACGAGAUCGCGAAGAUCAAGCAGUCGGAGGAUCGCUUGAGUGGGUUAAGUCUGAAGGGGCUGGUCAAGAGCGUGAUUGCGCAGGCGGGCAGCAUGGGCAUCGCCGUGGUGCCUUAGAGAUAGGAUGGACGGUGAGGAGGCUAGGGAAAAAGCGGGAGGGAUUCGUUGGCAUGCGAGCGCAUCUUCUUUCUCAUGUUGGAACACCAGAUCUUCGACAAAAGCAUUUCAGCGGCGCAAUGAGGGUGGGAGGAAAAGAUGGAAGAUUAGAAAAGUCGGCACGAGCAUUUUGCCUACGUGUGUUUGCCUUGAUGACCCCCAAGGAAGAAGGGCACUAUUGUACAUUAUACAUGUUGUACACUAACCACUUUCCACGACGUGAAAUACCACUCUCUCCAUCAGGCCAGCAGGCCAGCGA